AACUCCAAUUUUGGAUUAAGACCAUAAAGAAUCAAGACUUCACUUGCAAGGACUCUCUCCACUCCACCAAAACCACCAUCAAAAUCUCCCCAGUCCCCAUGGCUUCUCAAUUCUCUUUGCUCAUCCUCAUCCUCUUCCUCUUCAACCUAGCUUCAAUUCAUGUGACAGGAGAUCAGAUCAUGCUAGAAGAUGGGUACAUGGUAACUACAGUUUUGGAUGGACAUAAAUUAAACAUAAACCCUCAUGCAGUUCAGCUUAGAUCAUCUGAUAUUGUUGUCCUCGAUUCUUCUCAUAGUGUUUUUUACACUCUACCAUUUCCCAUCUCUCAGGCCAGCGUGAUGGUUAAACGGUUAUCUGGAGAGGGGAAAACUGGGUACAUAGAUGGAGAACCGGGUUUGGCUCGGUUCAAUAAACCAAAGAGUUUUGCUGUUGAUCUUAGAGGGAAUGUUUAUGUGGCUGAUCAACAAAACCAUGCUGUCAGAAAGAUAAGCAACUCAGGGGUGACCUCCACCAUUGUCGGUAAUUACUCCCAGACAGGGCGGCAAGAUGGUCCGGGGAAAACUGCAACAUUCUCCAGUGAUUUUGAGGUGCUUUUUGUCCCUCAAAUAUGUGCUUUGCUAAUUUCAGAUCAUGGAAAUCAACUGCUUCGCCAGAUUGAUCUUAAGCCAGAGGAUUGUGUAAUUGGUUCUCAAUCUGCACUCGGAGCUGUUAAAUUUUGGGUUCUUGGACUGGCGCUUUCAUGUUUGCUUGGCAUAGUCAUGGGGAUUGCAACUCGCCCUUAUGUUAUCCCCCAUGAAGGCUCCAGACCCCUUCAUUUCAGCAAGACAUGGAAGCAUUGCCUAAUCAAUCUGGCGAGUCUAGUACGGAUGAGUUGCUUCGGCGUCAGAAACGCAAUUGCUAGUUCCAGUCUUUACAUGCUUUCAAAGAGACUCUUAAGGCUGAGCCUGUCUCAUCUUUCACUCAUGUUCCAGAUUAAUACUGUAGGACCUAAGGUUUCAAACAAGGAUUUCAUAUCCAUAAAUAAUCCUGUGAUCAGUAGGUCACAGACUUUUGCUGAUCAGUUGAAGGAAAUGAUAGAUUCUAAUGUUCACUCGCAAUUAUCAAGCUUGUCGAGCGACAUCUUGAAGCUAGGAGAAGGGGGCCUGGAAAGAUGUGAUGCUUCAUCAGAUGGCAAUGGAAGGAUAAAUGAUAUGAUCCAGGCUAACAUCACGGGAUUCGGUAAGCUGGCCAAAGAAACAACUCCAGUUGAUGUCCCUUUGGAAGGGAGUCUGGGUUUAGUUAAGAGGAGAUGAAGUUGCUAAGAGUGAAUUCUCCAUGUUUCUUGAUGCUAUAUUUGCUAGGGCUUUGUAUGCUAAUGUAAUGUUAUUGGUAGUGAUAUGUGAUGUGAUGUACAUAAUCUACUCUAUGCUUUCUUUGAAUUCAUCUUCUUGUUUUUGUGGCGUCUUCA